AGACAUGUUUAUGCACUGGUACAUGUAUAAAGAUUUUUCUGAUUAUAAUUGAUAGUCAGUCGGUUGGGUCAAUCUCAUUAUUUUCAUUCUCUUUGGCGGGAAGAGAACGUGGGUAAACCAAAAUCAGCCCACAAAACCACACACACAGACAACUUCAUCAAAGUUGUCAGGUCAAUGGGAAUAUCUUUCCAGAUAUGGACCAAAAAGGACAGAAAAAACUUCUGAAGGACUUGCCUGCAAAGUUUCAUGAAAUUUUACACCCAGAAACAGUAGAAAAAACCAAAAAGCUCUGGGAGGACUUCUGGCAGUUGUACAAUGUCAUUAGUGACUGGACACCAGGGGAAGAUCAAGUCCUCUCAUUUUAUUCCAAGACUGUUGAGUGGGGAAAGCAGCUUUUGAACAUGACAGGGGAUGGUUACGCCCACACAUGUCCAAUCACACCGUACAUCCAUCUGAUGAUCUAUCAUGUACCUGUGAUGCUUCAGAAGUAUGAGACUAUGAAAAUAUUCACUGGCCAAGGUAAGAUUUACCACAGCAAGAAGGGCAGCUUAUCAACAUGAUUUGGU